AUGAUUCCCUCAUGGCUUUCAACGUUGGCCUCAGUUGGCAUGGCGGUAGGCCCACCCUUGGUCUAUGUCGAUCAGGGUAUAUCUAUCGUCCGCAAGAAGGAUUCAACAGGAUUUUCUCGUGAUGUUUGCGCAAUUCUGUUGACGGCGAAUAUCACGCGCUGUUUCUUCUGGCUGGGGAAACACUUUGAGCUCACCCUGCUACUACAGUCAAUUUUUAUGAUAAUCGCGCAGCUCAUUCUUCUAUAUAUUUGCAUCCGCUAUCGGCCACGUACCAACCCUGAAAACUAUGCUUCGAGUCGGCCUCUUGCUUUCUGGCAGUGGUCGUCAUACGCACAGCAUAUAGAAUUUUUGAUAGGCUUCACUCUGUGUUCAGCCAUCCUAUUCUUGAUAUUUGGUCGGUCAGAAAUAUAUGUGUCCAUAAUGGGUUUUGUAGCUCUCGGACUAGAAAGCACGCUGCCCAUUCCCCAAAUGAUAUCCAACUACAAGCAACGCUCGCUUUACGGUUUCAGAGCAUCUACUCUAUUAGGUUGGGUGGGAGGAGACUCUUUCAAGUUCACCUUUGCAGUUCAAAGUCUGCGCAAUUUUUCAAUUGUCAGUAGAUGUUGUCUGUUGCAAGCCAUUGUCUUGCAGCGGUUAUGGUAUGGAAAUGCCCCACCAGCUGCUACACUUGCUGAAGAAGAUGAUCUUGAGCAAGCGUUGGCUUUGGCGGAAGAAUAA